AUGAAAGCUUAUGGCUGUUUAGAAACGUCAAAUUCUAAUCCUCCGACUGCGAAUGUUGGGAACCAUAUGGCGAGGACCCGAAGAAGAUGGUCGAAAAGCUCGCAAGACAAGAGUCCCAAACCCACAGAUGAGGCAGACGGAGUGCACGAAGACGUUGAACUCGACUACAUCUCGCCGGGACAGCUUUAUUCGACGGAAUCGGGCCGUCUUUUCCAUGCAGGCAAGAUUCUGAUCGUGCUGGUGGGCCUUCCAGCUACGUCGAAAACUUUAUUGUCUGUGGCAAUCACAAGAUACACCAAAUGGCUGGGCGUGCGUACAAGCUCUUUCCACGUCUCACAGUACCGUAGAAAGCUAAUGGCAAGCCUGGAAUACAACGAUUUUCCGAAUGACUACUUUUCGGCCAAACCUAAGACCCCCGAGGGGCGGGCUAAACGAAAACAUAUCUUGGACAAAGUGCAAGAAGAUAUGGUCAGUUUCUUCAACGAGGGAAAGGGCCAACUGGCGAUAUACGACGCGCUGAAUAUCCUGGUAGAAGAACGUUUGCACCUUCAGAAGCUCUUUUUGCGCAUGAAUACUAAAGUACUCUUCAUCGAAUCUGUCAUGACAGAUUCAGAUAUGAUCAAACAUAACGUCGACAUGGCAUCUCGGUCUGCAGACUACGUGGGCUGGUCUCAAGAAGACGCGGUUGCCGAUUACAUGCAUCGCUUAAAAGUUAAUACUGAACUGUACGAAGAAAUGACGCCCCAGGAAGAGCUAUCCUACGUGAAGUACAUCAACUUUGGCGAGCGGCUGGUAGUCAACAACAAUCAUUUUGGCUAUCUCAUAAACAAGAUCGUGUUUUUUCUAAUGAAUUUGAGAGACAAAAAGGGCUGCGUGUAUUUUGCACGCUGCGGUACUAGCACUAACGACAAGUACGUCAACGAUGAGCUGCUCAAUAGCGAGGGCAAUGCCUACUCAAAGGCUUUAACAGAGCUGGUGCUGAAAGUGGUGAACGAGAGACGUGCAUCCAAAUCUAGCACUUUCCCAGUGGCUAUUGAAAAUGCUGAUGUUGUAGACGCCGCCUCCAUGGCGACGACAGACCAUCAACGUUUAAACUCCACACUCAAUGUGUCAUCAGGUCUAAAUUCGCGUUCAAUGUCACCGUCUCUGUCCCCACUAUUGACAACGUGUGCGUCGCUACAAAGAACCGAGUCCACUGGAAAUGCUGCUAUGCGGCAACCUGUGUCGGGAGACGGAGGCGAUGAUGAUUCCUUCGUAGUAUGGACUGCAACUCGAAAGCGCACUUACGACACAGCAAGAUAUUUCAGCGAACAGGGGAUAAAUGUGAGACAGAGAUCUCAACUGCAACAGUUGCAUCCAGGCGUAGUAGCAGACAUGACAGAAUCUGAGAUCAGGACCAAGUAUCCCGAUGAAUACAAGGAAUGGGUAAAGGACCCAUACCAUUACCGUUUUCCUCGUUCCGAGUCCUACCACGAUUUAGCCGUACGUAUGGAACCGCUGCUUCUGGAGAUGGAAAGAAUGCGUGGUGAUAUACUGGUGAUAGGUCAUGAGUCUGUUCUGCGGGUGCUUUACGGGUACUUAAUGGCAUGUUCGUGCUCCGACAUCCCUAGCUUGAACUUUACAAGGGACGAACUAAUCGAAAUCUCUUUCAGUCCUUUUGAGAACAAGGUAAAGAGGGUGCCAAUUAUAUACGAGCAACCAUGA